UAAUACAAGAAUUAAUUUUGAACAAUAAGCACAUGCACUAAUUAAAUACCCGUACAAUUUAAUAAUUGCUCUUGUGGUCAAGUAAACUUAUAUGGAAAAUAAUUAGUUUAUAAUUUAUCGAAAGUGACGAUUGUAAUCGAUAUCAACGCAAGUACCAUCAGUUGUUUUGCGAUUCAGCAGCAACGCAAAGUUUGCGAAUUUAUUUGCGUGCCCAUAAAAGCGACGCAGCACGUGUUCAGGUGACGACGCUGCUAUCGAAAAAAUGGCGCAAAAUGCACCUAAUUGUAAAGAUACACAGGAGAUACAAUUCAAAUUGCAUGACAAGUUUGUGGCAUUUCGAAAAUGCGGCGAGCCGCGCAGCAAUGUGAAUUUAUUGGCUGUCUCCAGCAGCCGUGGACUACUUUUUGCCGGCAAUCCCAACGCGCCGGAACUGAGAGUUAUAAUCAUCAAAGAUGUAGCCGCUGCCAAGACGUGCGGCAAGCAGCCGCUCGCACGUCUCGUGCCGCUGCCAAGCAUACCAAAUUACAUGUCCUGCAGCGCCGAUGGCAAUCUUCUGGCCAUUAACUAUACGCAGCCAAAUGGCAACAGUCUGUUACUCAUCUAUGCAGUGCAAUCCUUUAUGAGCCCAGAGCCCUGCGUUUUAUACAACAUACGCAUGUCCCCUGAGGACUAUGUGUAUGCCGUGCAGCUGCUGUGGAAUCCCGUGCUGCCCAACAGUUUGGCUGUGGUGCUUAGCAACGGUGGCUUGGCGAUGUACGCGCUUAAGGAUGGCGGAAACUUUGAGCUUCACUCGCUGGACAAGAGCCAGCAAAUCAAAUGCGGCUGCUGGUCACCCAAGGGCAAGCAGCUGGUCCUGGGCUUUCCCGGCGGUCGUUUGCAGCAAUUCAAGCCGGAUCUGACGCCCGCCAAGACGCUCGCCUGCCCGCCGAAUGUGCACGAUGCGCCCUUCGAUACGAUUGCCGUACACUGGUUGUCUACUUUUCAAUUUGCAGUUGUCUUUCUGCAGCAUGGCGAGGAUUGCAGCCCGGCAUUGUAUGUGAUAAAUGCACCCAAGGCGGGCGCGCCCACUUAUACGAAUUACUACGACAUUUGCUAUAGCCUGAAUGGGCCACGCAAUCAUCAGUUCAAUUUCACGCAUGUGCCGCAAUGGAAUCUGUUGUUGGUCAGUUCGGCGAACGGCGUAGAGGUGGGCGUACUAGCCACCACGGAGGCGGGUGAUACGCCCAAUUGGCAGCAGUUGACGCUACUGGACGAGGCGCGCAUUGAAAUGCCGUUAAGCGAGGCUACCCAGGAUGAAACAUUCCCAUUGGGCUUUGCGUAUGAUACCUCCAGUACGCAUCAGCUGAGCAUCAAUGAGCAGCAGUUGCCCAGCAUGCCCAUGGUGCAUGUCCUGGGCACCGAUGGCACUUUGCUCGCCUUCAAUUUUCUGAAUCUACAGCCGGGCGCUGCCUCUGUUUGCUCGCCGCCGCCGCCCUUGGCUGAUACUUCAGGACAAUUUUGUGCGCUGGAUGCGCUACUGGGCGCUGAGGAGCAGUCACCAGCACCGCCAGCAGCAGUUGCACCACCGGCGACCGUAGCUACUGUGGAGGCCAACACGCCUGCGCUGUCGGACAUUUCCUUUGCCUUUACACCCAAUACUGUUACGUCGACACCGGCGCCCAUCAAGGAUAAGCCGCCCUCGUUAUUUGCUGGUUUCGGCAAUGUAAGUAACAAAGGUCCCCCCGCUUUUGGCGCUCCCGCUGCUCCAUUGAACUUUGCCGCUGCUCCAGCUAAACCGCUGCCUGCGCCCAGCUUUGGCGGAUUUGGCGCACCCAACACGGCGCCUCCGCCAACUGGUUCCAUGUUUAGACUUCCUGCUCCAAACAAUGCACCCAGUUUUACCAAUCUAGCAGUGGACAAACCGGCUCCUGCUCCUGCUCCUACUGCUGCAUCGCUACCAGCUACAACGACAGCAGCUGCUGCUGCAACCAAGGCAAACAGCAACAAGCCCCUUUAUACGGUACCGCCUACUUUCACGCCCGUGGUGACCGCUCCAGCUGCUGCUCCAAAGCCGCCGGCUGCAGGCAAGAACUCGGAGUUUAGCGCUGGGGAAGUAGACGAUGUCAUAGUGGAGAUCAUGAAUGUCCAGAUCAGCGCAUUUAGCGAGCAAAUCGAACAGCAAAAGCAACAGACCCAAGCGCUGCUCUCACAGAUCGAGUCACCCUCCACGAUCAAAUUCUAUGCCAAGCGGCUGGAGGAUCUACAGGAGCUGAACGAUCAGGCCAACGAUGUUGACUUUGAGCUGGAUGUCCAGGGAUUGCGUCAUACGCUGAGCGAAGCCUAUGCCAUGAUGGCCGAAUGCCGUGCCAAGCUAGAGGUCUAUAGAAAGCCAGACAUUACGCGCCUGAUGACGUCCACCAAUUUUGAUGCGGCGGGUCGUCGUCUGCUGUCGCGCCUGCAGAGCUAUGUGGCCGCCAAUGAGGCGCAGCUGCAGCUGGCUCAGCAGCAAAUUGAUGCACAGUGGGAACAGUAUCAGGAUGUCCUGCGCCGCAGUUCCAAGUCGAAAAUGCAUAUGCCCUGCCUGGAGGGCAUCUAUCAGCGUUUGACGCGCCUGCAAAAUAUGACAUCCGAUCAGCGCAUCACGCAAAACAACAUUAAAUCUAGGCUCAAGGAACGCGGGCUGCUGCAGUCCGCGCUGCUCAACCAGGAGUCCAGUCGCGUGCGCACUAAUGAGGCCGUGGACACACUAGCCGACUCCAUACUCUCAAUCACCCUCAACCAGGCGGUGGAAACCAAUCGCGCCAAACUGUCGCAGCAGAAAUUGCAAUGCAUACGCCAGUUGCUGCAGCAGCAUAAUGUGCACACAAUCAGUCCACAGCGACCGGAUCGUGUGGGUCUCAAGUCUGAAGUCAUAUUGGAGACUAAACUGAAAGCGGAGCUCAAGAAAAAGACAGCAGCGGCGGCAGCAGCAGCAUCAACUGCACCUCCAGCCAGCGCCAAGCCAGCGGUGGCUCACAAAGCUACUCAGGCAGCUGCGUUUGCAUCUGGAGCACCACAGCUGGCCAAGCCCACCGCUUCCAAGCCCGCAGCAACCGUUGCUGCCAUUGAGAAGUUGCACAGCUUGCCAGUGAGCGUUGUCGCCGCUUCGGCACCUGCGCCUGUGCCGGCAAACUUUAGCUUCAGCCAGAGCAGUCCAUUUGUUAAGACCACUGCGUCCACGGUGACCACAACGACACUAAGCGCGGGCGAGGUCACCAAGCCAACAACAUCCUUUUUUGGUGGCACCUCACCCUUCAGCUUUGGCGGCGCAAAGCCCAUGUUGCCUAUCGGUGGCCUAAACGCGGCGCCCAAGCCCCAGACUACGGCAACGCCUGCGCCCAAUCUCUUUUCAGGCUUUGGCAAUGUUGGCGUGGAUUCUGUCAAGCCUAAAGCAACAUCGGAGCCGCCCAAGGAGGCGUCUGUCAAGCCUGUGGAGGCUAAAAAGGAUAUGACCGCACCUGUGGAGCCAACAGCUGCAGAGCCCGCCAGGACUGCAGCACCAGCUUCCACUGCAGCACCAACUGCCACUGCAGCCAAAUCAGAGCCAGCUGCUAAACCCUUUACGUUUGCUGGCUUUGGCAACAAUGCGGGAAACACCAUUGGCAGCAACAGCUCCACUUUUAGCUUCGGCGGUUUUGGCUCCUCGCUGGGCAACAGUGCAACACCCUUUGCACCUCCAGCAGCUGCCACUACGCCCGCAGCUGCUCCGCCUGCUGUUGCUACGACGACACCAGCUACCAGCAGCACGGAUACCGUUGUAAGUAGCAGCAGCACUCCCGCACCAACGCCCACGCCCAGUUUGACAGCAGCUGCUGUGCCCGCCGCAGCCAGCGAUACGGCCAGCACCAGCAGCGUGGCCAGCACCAUAAGCACCACUUCUUCGGCUGCAUCUGUGACCAGCAGCAGUGCACCGCCCGUUGACAAUCUCUUUGCCUCGAUUAAUAUAUGCAAGCCGCAGACAAAGGACAGCACAGCAGAUGCCGCACCGCAACAGGCCAACAUCUUUAGCGGCUUUGGUCAAAGCGCCAACAGCACGUUCCCAGCUUUGGGUGCAGGCGGUGAUGGCAGCAAGAGUUUAUUUGGCGGAGGAGUCAGCGUCAGCGCCGCAGAUACCACCACCAGCAGCAGCAGCAACACAUCAGCAACAACAGCAACGACGACGACAACGGCCACCGCAGCAACAGCUGCAACGACAAUAGCGCCAGCAGCAACAGUUGCAACGCCAGCAGCAACAGUUUCAGCGCCAACAUUUGCUGCCGCCGCAAGCAACGCAGUCAGCACAACGAACGCAGCUGCUGCGCCAGGCAGCAAGUUUUCCUUCUCGAAUGCGUUCAGCAGCCUGAACACGGCAGGCGGCACACCCAGCGGCUCACUAACAGCCACCAGCAGUGCUACAUCCAUUACGAGCAAUACAUCCGGUUCCAUUUUUGGCUCUGCCAAUGCCUUUGCGCCCGCCACAACGGCCAGCAGUCCGUUUGGAGUAGCUGCCGCUGCUACUGCGCCUUCUGCUGCAGCCACGCCCACUGGCAAUAUUUUUGGCAAUGUGCCCAAGCCGGAGGCGAGCGUUUUUGGUGCUACCAACGCAGCUGCACCACCCAGCGGGCUCUUUGCAGCAGCAGCUGCGGGCAAUCCCUCCCCAUUUGGCAGUCCUGCCGCCGCGCCAGCUGCUCCUCCUACUGCUGCUGCCAGUUCCGGCGGCAGUAUCUUUGGUCAGGCUGCCGCCCUUAAGCCCAGCGGCUUUGGUUCGCCUGCUGCUGCUGGCGGCUCCAUUUUUGGUGGCGCUGCGAACACGGCUGCUUCACCUUUUGGCGGAGGCGGUAGCUCCAUUUUUGGCGGCGGCAACAGCGCACAAAGCUCACCGGCCGCUGCGCCAUCGGCUUCCGUUUUCGGUCAGAGCGUUUUUGGCCAGACCUCGACUUCUGGCAGUGGUGGCAAUUUGUUUGGCGCCUCGCAGCCACAGGUACCGGCCUUUGGUGGUGGUGGAGGGUCCAUUUUUGGUGGUUCUACAAGUACUUCCUCGCCAGCUGCCUCAGGGGGCUCCAUCUUUGGCGGCGGCAGCUCUGGUGGUUUUGGUAGCUUUGCCCAAACAAACCCCACACCAGGCGCCUUUGGCAGCGCCUUUGCCCAGAGCAGCGGCUCAGUAGCUCAGACGGGAUUCGGCUCUCCGCAGCAGCAGACUCAGUCGCCAGCUGGUGCUUUUGGCGCUAAGCCCGUAUUUGGUGGCAGUCCCGCCUUCGGCGCGAGCCCCACGUUUGGCGGCGCACCCACAUUCGGCAGUCCCAAAGGCUUUGGCUCGUUUGGUGCCAGCUCCGGGGUCGUAGCACCGCCAGCUUUUGGUGCUCCCGCUAAACCUCCGGAGGGGAACAUCUUUGAAACGCUGGGCGGCACCGACACAGGGGGCCUGUCCUUUGGUAACUUGGCUCAAACGGGCAACACCAACAACCAGAAGUCCACCUUUGGCGGCUCCUCCUUUAUGACCUAUCGUUAAUUAUGUUUGUUGGUCCUCGUUGAUUGAAUUAAUGUAAAUUGAGUUAAAUAAAUUUUGAUUAUCUAUAAAUUAAAAUUUUAGUAAAUUGUAUGCUGGACUCCCAAACAGGUGAACACGGAGCGAU